AUGAAGGUCAAGUCGCCUCCCAGGGAUGCAGACGUGCGCACUUCUGAGCUGCCGCAGCGACCUGCAAUGCGUAGUGAAGUCGAGGAGAAUGCCACAGAAAAUGUAUACGACAGCACACUACACACACUCUCGCAUAGUUUCAAAGCUAUGUGCACCUUAGAGGGUGCCUCAGACAGUUGCAUGCUGAUAGAAAGCACUGAAAUCUCGCACGGGCACGGACAUGGCGAUAUGCCAACACAAGCGCAUACACACACACAGGAUGGCGUGGAUUCAAAGGCAAGAUCCUCUAAGGGCAGUCUAUUGAGUAUCCGUCUUGUAGUUAAUAGGGAUCACAUCCUCACCAGUUACGACCGCGCAACAGAUAGUACUACUGUAGUGCCGACAGGCGGCGCUGGGCAUACACUACCACCAAACAGGGCUACACCUAUGCAGAAAACUCGAAGUUUUGGCGACGAUGCGAAUCGAUGGGGUACGUGUGUUUAA